UGGUCCUCCCCAUUCACUAGACAGACACAUCUUCUGGUGCAGGGCCAGCAGUGUCCCCAAGACACAAUGGUGAAGGUCAGAGUAAACGGAUUUGGCCGUAUCGGAUGCCUGGUCACCAGGGCUGCUUUUAACUCUGGAAAAGUAGAUAUUGUUGCCAUCAGUGACCACUUCAUUGACCUCAACUACAUGGCCUUCAUGUUUUGUUAUGACUUCACCCAUGGCAAAUUCCACGGCACAGUCAAGGCUGAGAAUGGGACCAUCAUUAAUGGAAAGCCCAUCUCCAUCUUCCCAGAGCGAUAUUCCACCAACAUCAAAUGGGCUGAUGCUGGUGCUAAGUGUGCUGUGGAGUCCACUGGGGUCUCCACCACCAUGAAGACUGGAGCUCACCUGACAGGUGGGAUGAAGAGGGUCAUCCUCUCUGCCCCUUCUGCUGAUGCCCCCAUGUCUGUGAUGGGUGUGAACCGUGAGAAGUAUGGCAACUCCUUCAAGAUUGUCAGCAACGCCUCCUGCGCCACCAACUGCUUGGCCCCUCUGGCCAAGGUCAUCUAUGACAACUUCAGCAUUGUGGGAGGAUUCAUGACCACAGUCCAUGCCAUCACCGCCACCCAGAAAAUCAUGGAUGGCCCCUCUGGGGAGCUCGGCAUAAUGGCUGCCCAGAAUGUCAUCCCUGCUUAUACUGGCACUGCCCAGGCUGUAGGCAAGGUCAUCCCUGAUCUGAAUGGGAAGUUCACUGGCAUGGCCUUCUUUGUCCCCACCUACAAUGUGUCAGUCAUGGAUCUGACCUGCUGCCUGGAGAAAGCUGCCAAACAUGAUGAUAUCAAAGAGGUGACGAAGCAGGCAUCAGAGGGUCCCCUCAAGGGCAUCCUGGGCUACACUGAGGACCAGAUUGUCUGCUGCAACUUUAACAGAGACACCUACUCCUCCACCUGUGAUGUUGGGGCUGGCAUUGCUUUCAAUGACCACUUUGUCAGGCUCAUUUCCUGGUAUGACAAUGAAUUUGGCUACAGCAACGUUAUGGUCCCCAGGGCCUCCAAGGAGUAA